CGCCCCUUAGCGCCUCGGGUUCGGUCGCGCUUGGUGAGGACGUCAAGAUGGCGGCGAGUAAUUAUUACGGCUUUGCGCAGGGCGCCGGCCCACAGUACAGUUCCAGUGCGCAGCCUCCACUGGCUUUCCCCCCGCCUCCUGCUGGAGCCAGCUUUGCCACGCAGCCUGUGGUCCCGUCGCUUCCCCCCACGGCCCAGUCCUCUGGGCCUGUUGCCUCAGCGGGUUACAGUGGAUACCAGCCCCACUCUGGCCAGGACUUCGGUUACAGCAGCCAGGGACUGGCCCCCGUGUCCACCACAGCAUCUUCGUACCAGGACAGUUACAGCUACAGCUCAUCAGCGACCACCAGUAGCUACGAGAACAAGCAGUGUCCCCCGCCUUUCGCCGGCCAGCCGCCACUUUCUGCUGCAGGCGUGCCCUACCCGCCAGGCACGAAAGGAGCCUACGGUCAGCCCUGCGGAGGUUACAGCCCAGCACAGCUGCCACAACAGGCACCCGCUGCUCAGGAGGGCCAGGCAGACAGCUCUGCGCCUGGGGCCUGCCCCUACGCCUCGGCGGCCAGCAUCCUGCCAGCAGCCUCUGCCGCUACUCUCUGUCCCUACACCCCGACCUCAUCAUUCAGCCCUGCCUCUAUCCCAUACUCUGGGCCAAGCUACCCAAGCUACGACACGUCCGUGUACUCAGCUGCCAAUCUCUUCUACCCUCCACCGCUGCCCCCACAGAUGCAACCCCCGCCUGCCCCGGCACCCCUCCAACCACCACCACCACCUCCUCCUCAGCAGCCCCCACCCCUCCCAAAGCCCACAGACCCCUCCCUGUGGAGCAGCUCGGGGAGCAGUGCCAGUGCCAGUUUUGCUGACAACUUCACCAAGAAACCCCCGGUUCCCAACAAGCUGCUGAAAGCCAAGGGCAGCCCCAGGCAGCCGUUGCUUCUCUACUGUGAGGUCUGCAAGGUCAGCUGCGCUGGUCCACAGACCUACCGUGAGCACUUGGAAGGGCAGAAGCACAAAAAGAAAGAGGCAGCUCAGAAGAUGGGUGUCCAGCCCAAUGGCAGUCCCUGCGGUGUGCAGGCCCAGCUGCACUGCGGCCUGUGUGCUGUGUCCUGCACCGGGGCUGAUGCCUACACGGCCCACAUCCAGGGGGCCAGGCACCAGAAGGUCUUCAAGCUGCACACCAAAUUGGGAAAGCCCAUCCCCAUCAUAGAACCAGCACCAGGAAACUCCAGCUUGUCCCAGCCCACUGGCACUGGCAAACCAGCCCCCCUCGCCAUGCAGAGCCCACCCAACACCUCCGCCAAGCCCGUGGCCCCUGCCGGCCCUGACACACACAACUUGAGCAAGCCAGCGCUGCCCAAGGGACCACCAGCCUCGCAGGCCACACGUGCGGGGCUUUCUGAGGAACAAGCAGUGGGUAGCAAACCCCCUGAGGCCAAACCAGAAGAGCCCAGAGAACUGGCUAUUCAAAGAGGCUCUGAGGAAACUUCUGGAAGCUGCUGUGACUCACAGCCAGUGGGCCCAGAGUACGUGGAAGAGUGCUCCAGCCGGGUCUCACUCCCGAAGACAUGCGUGGAGUCAGCACUGAUGUGUCUUCGUGUUUAUGUUCUUGGAAGCCAGUCAGCAUCUUCUGUUUGUCCUGUGCAAAAUAGCCAUUCCAGACGGGAUUCCUGCUGUUGGAGACCCUGUCAUUCCAUAGUUUACGAGGAGAAGGUGUGCAAUGAUGAAGGUAAAGUGAUACGGUUCCACUGCAAGCUGUGUGCGUGCAGUUUCAACGACCACAAUGCCAGGGACAUGCACGUUCGGGGCCGGCGCCACCGACUGCAGUACAAGAAAAAAGUGAACCCAGAGCUUCCCAUCGCAAUCAAGCCCAGCCCCCGAACCCUGCGGGUUGUGGAGGAGCGGCUGCGGAAGCAGAGGCAGCUGACCAAGCGGCGGCUGGAGGCCAUGCGGCGCUGGCACAAUGAGAUGAGGCAAUAUGACAUUUGCAGGAGGCGGCUGGAGCAGGCAUCGGCCGCCCAGGACGAGCUCCCGGGACACUCAAGACCUGCCUGCCCUCUGCCCCUCAUGGGCAGGCCUGGGGAGUCCGCCCCUGCGGCCGUGCCCACUCAGCGGCCGGAGUCCAGUGACGACCGGCACGUAAUGUGCAAGCAUGCCACCAUCUACCCCACAGAGGAGGAGCUGCGGGCUGUGCAGAAGGCCGUCUCCCACUCAGAGCGAGCGCUUAAGCUGGUGUCUGACACUCUGGCUCAGGAGAGUUCCAGAAACUCAGAGCAAGAGGGCAGUGAGCGCAGUGGCCUCAACCCCUCCACUCGGAUCCUGAAAGGCGUGAUGCGGGUGGGCGUCCUGGCCAAAGGCCUUCUUCUUCGGGGCGACCGGAAGGUGCAGCUGAUCCUGCUAUGCUCCCAGAAGCCCACGCACACCCUGCUGCGGAGAGUUGCCGAGCAGCUGCCCCAGCAGCUCUUGGUGGUGACAGAGGACAAGUACCAGGUUUCCUCUGACACUGAAGCCAACAUCAUCAUCUCUGCCUGUGAGGAGCCCAGGAUGCAGGUCACAGUGUCAGUGACCUCACCCUUGAUGCGGGAGGACCCCUCCACAGACCGAGAAGGAAUGGAGACGCCUCUGCCUGACCCAGAUGUCCUGAGCCCAGAGAAGUGCCUGCAGUCACUGGCUGCCCUCCGCCAUGCCAAGUGGUUCCAGGCGAGAGCCAGCAGCCUACAGCCGUGUGUGAUUGUCAUCAGGCUCCUUCGAGACCUCUGCCAGCGUGUGCCCACCUGGGGAGCCUUGCCGGACUGGGCCCUGGAGCUGCUGGUGGAGAAGGUUCUAAGCAGUGCCACAGGGCCCCUGAGCCCAGGGGAUGCUGUGAGACGGGUCCUGGAGUGUGUGGCCUCGGGGACUCUCCUGACAGAUGGACCUGGGCUCCAGGAUCCCUGUGAGAGAGACCAGAUGGAUGCCCUCGGCUCUAUGACCCUCCAGGAGCGGGAGGACAUCACGGCCAGUGCCCAGCACGCCCUGCGCAUGUUGGCGUUCAGGCAGAUCCACAAGAUCCUGGGCAUGGACCCUCUGCGGCUGCCCCAAGCCAAGUAUGGGGCACGCUUCCGGAAGAGGCUGCGGGAGACCGGGGAAUCGGAGGAGUACGAGGCUCAGAGGAAGCUGGAUCAGCGGGGCCGAGGGGCCUGCAUGAGCGACUCGCCUCCGGAGGAUGGGGGCCGGACCCGCCGCUGAGUGGUGUGCACCCCCAACCUGGCAGCCAUGCUUUCCUUCCGAGUAACGUUCUGUGUGUUUCUUUACAAACGGUUGUGCUUUAGCUCAUUAGAGUAAUCAAGUCAAUGGGCAAUGUGUGUGGCUGGGGAGCACCCUUGAACCUGUGGGUCUGCCCCCCAAGGCAGGGUAGAAGGUGCUCGCACCAACUUUAAACUACACACUGACUUGGCUGUGGCUUUAAAUUCACCUGUGGCCGCCAACGGAUGUGGUUUCUAAGCUGCUUCCUUCGGACAAACCAUCUAUGUGUGGACUUGACAUCAUGUGGGCGGAGCCCUCUGUGGGGAAGCCUGGUCCAGAAGAUUCAGGAACAGGUGGUGAGGAGCAGGCCAGAUUGCUGGGUGCUGGGCACACUCAAGGGUGCGCCCAGGCUGGGGUCCUCCCCAAUUCCAGCUGCUCCCCCUCCAACUCCACAGUCUGGAGAUGCUUCCAGGACCAGAGGUCUUGGGUCCUGAGCUGAACCCAUCUCUUGCCCCACCAUGGGGAGCAUGACAGGGUCAGAGGAUGGUGAACAUGCAGGCCGGCCCCGCCCCUGACCCCCCAGAAAUAUCUGUGACCUGACCCUGGUCUACCCUGACCCCGAAGACACCCCCCAAACCUGUACCACUGUGUGCCUUCUGCAUUACAGAGGACUUGCUCUGCAAGGUCCAUUUGGACCUGGGCUUGGCCUCUCCACCCUCCUCCCAUUCUCUCUGACCUGGGUCCGGCUGGGUCUGAGCCAACUGUCUCUAGGGCUGACCUUGUGGAACAGGGUCUGGGUGCCAUGCCUGCUGCUAGGCAUGGGGGUCAUUGGCACUGGGGGACCUGGGGGUUCCCCGGCUCUCAUCACUCCUAGCCUCCUUCUUCGCAAUGAGUUUCCUUGACCUGCCCAAUGGCAUUGAGAAAGGAAAGUCCAUCAAAGGGUGGACGCCCUCCCUGCUCCCUGGGCCCCCUUGGCUUUAUUGCUCUGUGUCAGGGAUGGUCUCUAUGUGGCUUCAUGACUGAUGUCUUUGUAGCGCUGCUGGCAGUUGGGGGGUGGGGCAAUAAAGGAGCCGUGCUUGUCUCCUGGCGUGGGUGGCACAGUCCCUUGUUGGUGACCCUGCUGUGCUCUCCCAAAGGGGCUGACCAACUGGCAUUUCUCCUGAGGCUCUGAGCCUGAGUGGUUAGGAAGGAAGUUCAAGGGGCUGGUGCUGCCCAGGGGCUGUGCCCCAAGUUGGGGCACUCUCAGGCUGUCCGCACACUGUGUCCUCUGGGGGUGCAAAGAAGCCUGAUUCCUGCUUAGAGCAGGCCCAAAAGGUACUAACCUCAUACACAUGCAGACCACUGCAGGAGCCCACCCUGACCCGGCCCAGGAGAGGAAUGGUGAGCCCUUGAGUCAGUGGGGCCUACAGAAGGUUUCCUGGAGAAGGGGUGGCAAAGCUGAGUUGCAAGCUCCCCUCCAAGUUUCUUCAAAUCCUCAUUGAAAACCUUGGAGGGGGAAAGGGUUUUAGAUGGAGUCCUGAUCACCAGCCCAGCUUUGACAGAGCUUUGCACCUGAAGGCAGCCCCCGGCUGUGGUUGGGAGGGGUGGGGAGACAUAGAGGGACAGGUAUGAGAGGCUGGACCAGGUGGCAGUGGGCCCCAGCGGAAGUGGCACCUGUCAGCAGGCACAGAGCACAGGCUGAGUGAGCACAGACCAGGACAGGGAGACCUGGGACCUGCUUCACACCCUGGCCAAAAGGAGUCUCGGGCAAAACUCAGCCUGUUUCUGACCUGGACAGGAAACCGGAGAGGCAAGCCACUCUCCUCUACCUCCAGGAAGUGGACCCCCGCCUGAUCUGAGGCAUCUGACAACACUGAGGCAGAGCCCUCUUCAGCUGGUCCUGGCCAUAGCCACAGGCAGGGCAUGGGGGACAGGACCAGGGGAGAGCCCGUUGGUCUGGCAUUUUCCACUUCACCAGGGCAGCUUUGCACCCUUCCCUAAGCUCCUCACCCUGUACACCCCUCUCUUCCUCCGCAUCUCCAGUGCUAGCUCUGCCGCUCAUUCAGCCACCUAGGCUGGCCACCUCCCCCAGGCAGUUCUCCCGGGGUCCUUUGUGCUCAGACCCAAUCCAUCCGGACGUCUUAGCCAUCUACUUUUGCUCUGCAUCCGCCAUGGCACCCUGCUGCUUCAACCUUCCAGCCACGUCCACUGUACUCAGGAUAAAACUCUAACUGCUACCCCACACGAUCCCCCCUGCCACCUUGUCCCUCAGUAACUCACUCCAUAUCUACCAGUCUCUGCUGGGCCUCAGACCAGCCAAGCUGGUUCUUGCCCCAGGGGUUGGCAUAUGCUGCCCCCACAUCUGAACUUUGUAAACUACCUCUCCCCACCUCCCCAGGCAGAGGGCCUCCCUCUCAUGAGCCACCUCAACCUGUCCCAUGUUCACUUUCUUUAUGCCACACAUCACUGAUUAAAAUCACUUGUUAUCUGCCCUAACUAGGGAUGUUACCUGCCUUAACUUUAUUCACCACAGUGGCCCCAGAAUCUAGAACAAGUUGGGUACAUAAUACUCAAGAAAUAUGUCAGAUGCUUCAAGUUGCUCCCAGAAGAUUCUAUUGGUGGGGGCAAGGAGACUUUGGGGAAGUGGCAACAGAAUGGAAAGGAAUAUGGCUGUACCUUGUCCCCCUGCACCAGGGGCUGAAGUGUGUGGUGUGAAGAGCUGAUGUGACAGGUCGGCACCUGUGUGGAAAGUCCCGUGUUUUGCUGGUGGGAACCACACACGGUGUUUACAGGCUGACUUCCUGACACCGUGGCAGAGGCAGCUCUUGCAAACUCAAAACCCACUGUGCACCUGUCCCAUGCCUGGCUGCUGGGAAGAUGGAUCUUAGCUUUGCUCCCAGGUAAUUUAAACACAAACUUGAGAGAGAGUUAAAUCUGCCUCCUCGUAACUCCAGAAAACCAAGUUUAGAAAAUGAGAGCAAAUUCAAGCAGUUUUAGAGAUGUAUUUGGUCCAGAUGGAUGAGACGUCUGGGCGACUGAGCCCGCUGGAUGCCUAAAGAGCAGCGGGGUCUGAUCUGUCCUCUCCAGCCUCUUCCCACCAGGCAGCGGACCCCAGAACAGACUGGUGGCUGGCGGGAAGAUACCAGAGCAAAGAAGUCAGACAGUGAGGUGGGGGGAUAGUAUCCCUAGACAAGGAUGCAGGACCUGAAGCUGCAAGAUGCUGCCAGGGCGAGCCAAGUUGCUAGGAGACGGCGGUGCUUGUGGGAGGGAUGACGCAGGGCCGUGUAGGCAGGGCUGCAGCCAAACCUGGCAGGCAGUUCAGGAAAGACAAAAUCAGAAGGGCAGAUCUGUCAACUCCAUCUGCAGAGUCACCGAUAACACAGAAAGAUAGGUGCCAGUGCAAAUGUGUUGUUGCCGUGGUCUGAAAUAAGUUGCCUGCAGUGAUGGAGGGAGCAUCUUGAAGCCUUCUCUGAUUCCAGCCUCUUGUUUGGGCAAGUGUUCACUCCAUCUUCUCCCCAGACGCGUGUCAGUGUUGCUUCCGGGGCUGAAAAGGUGUUUCAGGUAAAGCAGAUUAAGGACAAGUCAGAGGGAAUCCAUGAUUCUCCUGAAGGUAGAAAAAGCAGCCUUAGGAGUAGAGGGGGAGCAGCACUCUGUUUAUGCCUGCCUGAGUUCUGAAAAUAAAAUGUGCUGGAAAACAGAUAUUUACACACUUGUUCACAGCAGCAUGUUUUACAGUAACCAAAAGGUGGAAGCAACCCACUGUCCAUCGAUGAAUGCAUACACACAAUGCUGGAAUAGUAUUCAGCCUUUAAAAAGGAAGGACAUUCUAACACAGCUGCAAUAUGGAUGGACCUUGAGGACGUGGUGGCCAGUGAAAUAAGACAGACACGACACAAACGGUGUGACGCUCACAGGAGAUCCCUAAUUCCUAGAGGAGUGGCAUGGUGGGUGCCAGGAGCUGGGGGAGGGGAGAGGGAGCUAGUGUUUAAUGGGGGCAGAGUUUCAAUUUGGGGCAAUGGGAACGUUCUGGAGCUGGAGGGUAGAGAUGGUUGCACAACGGUGUGAGCGUGCUUAAUGCCACUGAGCUGUGCACUUAAAAAUGGUAAGUUUUGUGUCUAUAACACAACAAAAGAUGUUUUAAUACACUGGAUUUUUCCUGUUACAAACAACUUGAAAUUUCAGAAAAUGGAAGAAGGGAAGCAAAGUCGCCCACCGUUGGCACUGUGCGUUCUCGCCAGUCUUCUCGUCAUGCGCUCCUGCUUGUGGGUGAGCUGGCUUUUAUUUCAUUUUUUAAAAAAUUGUGGCAAAGUAUACAUUAUAUGGAAUUCACCAGUUUAUUUCAUGUGACUGUUGGCAUUAGUGUUUUCACAGUGUUAUACAGCCAUCACCAUCAUUUAAUUCCAAAACUUUCUGUUACCUCUAAAAAGAACCCUGUGCCCACUAGCCAUCACUCCCCACCCAUUUCCCCCAGCCCUUCACAGUCAUGAACACUCUCUCUUAGCCUGUACCUGUCCUGGACAUUUCUCGUCAGUGGACUCACACACCGCGUGGCCUCGUGUGUCUGCUUCUCUCCUGAGCAUCGUGUGUUCAGGCUCCUUCUACGUGGUAGCGAGUGUCAGAGGUGCUCCCCCUUUCAUGGUCCAAUAAUAUUGAUAGUCUCGUGUCUGGAUGGAUUAGUUGUGUUUAUCUAUUCAUCAGCUGAUAGACAAUUGUUUUCUUCCCACUUUUUGGCUACUAAGAAGAAAUACAGUUUUUAAAAGCAGCAUAAUAUUCCACCCAAAUGAACAUGUCCUGGUUUCUUAACCGUUCCCCUGCUGUUGGACAUUCAGAUCACUUUCAAAUUACAAAUUAUACCUAAACAAAAUGUUCCUGGAUAAUAUUAGGGAACUCUGUUCCCUGUGCACUUAAAAAUGGUAAAUUUUGGGGUCUCCCCGGUGGCGCAGCGGUUGAGCGCUGGGUUGCAAGGCUGCCUGCAGCCUCUGCAGCACCGGUUUGAUCCCCGGCUGCUCCCCAGCCACCAGAGGAGGGUCCCACAUGGAGCGCGGACCCCUCCUGCCACUCCCGCUGCUCCCCUCAGCAGUGUACUUUGGUCCUUCUGCCUGCUCUGCUCCCCGCUCUGGCUCUGGUGAAUUCUCUCACCCUCCUGAGCUUCUGACUGUACCCAGUGCUUGUAUAAAUAAAUAGAUAAAUCUUAAAAAAAAAAAAAAAGAACAAAAAAAAUGGUAAAUUUUGUCGAUAAUACAACAGAAAAUGUUUUCAUAUGUGAAAUGUAUGAAAUGGAGUUUCUCAAUGGAAGGGCAUGAACACUGUAAGGCAUAUGAAAUAUCCAUAUACAAGACUGCAUUUUAUCAGAGCUUUGCCAGAUUCCCUCUCAUUGUAAAGAAAGGAGCCCCACUCACCCCUUCCAAGUCAGGACUGUGCCUUCUCAUUUAAAAAAAAAAAAAUACUUUUCUGUACAUGGAGCUAAGUUUGACAGGUUUCAUUCUGCAACAUCUUCCUUUUCUCAUUCAUUCAACGUGUGUUAUCGAAUACCUACUUUGUGCUAUGGAUUGUCCCUUGUGAGGCUUCCUGAAGUCUACCGGUGAGAACACUGCAAUUUAUUUAUUCAAAAGUUAAUCAGCAAACAUUUACUACUUUCCUUGGAAUGAGCCAGAAGUCAACAUUUCAUGCAGGACUCUGCUCCCAGUUUGGCCCUUUAACAUAUUGACCAUGUUGGGGUGUUGGGAAAGCUCACCAAUACUCACUAAUCCUCUAUAAAAUUGGAGUAAACCUGGCAGCAUCAAACUUGCAGAGAGCUGGGGAGAAAUCAGUACUAAAACUCAUGUUUUAAUACUUAACCACACAGAAAAGUUUCAGCCUUACAGACAUGGGCAUGGGAGAAUUCAGGGGUGAGGAUGAAAACUGGCAACUAAAAUGCAAGCGUCCCAAACACUGGCUGUGAGGCUAUGAGAAAAAAACUCCUCAGAUGCUGCCAUCUAGACCCCACCCCUUACCCUGGCCAUCUCCCCAUAGUCACCCUGGAGUAAAGCCACCCCUAUGGCAAGGGGCUUCUGUAUGCUCUAUAGCAGUGUGCUUAUAAUUGUUGGCCAAUAAAGAAUCUAAAACUCAAAAAGAGUUAAAAAAAAUGAUAAUAUGGAAGAAAGAGACAAAAACAGAAGAAAGCGUGCUAGAAAAACUCUCAUGCAUAUUAUUCUCAGAGAGCUAAUAGAAGAUAUAGUAUACAGGGAACAAGUUCAGUUUUGCCUUUUGAAAAGGAACAAAGAACCAGAAAGAGUCCUUGGAAAUUAAAAAUGUGGUAGUCAAAAUUAAAAGGUCAAUAGAAAGGUUGGAAGAAAAAUAAAAGGAAAUUUUCACAAAAGAAGAAUGAACAAAAAGAAAGAAACUAGUCAGGAGCUGAAUCCAGUAUAUGACAAAGAGGAGUUCCACAAAGAGAGAGCUGGGACACCGUGGUGGGAGAAAUCACCAGUGAUAUCAUGCAAGAAAGGUGGUCAGGAAUGGAAGACAUGACAGAGCCCUGAAUGUCCAGGACAAGAGGUGAAAACAGAACCACAACAAAUCCACACUGUGAAUGUGCAGGAUAUGGAGACUAAGCAGAAGAUCCCACAAGUUUCCAGAGACAGCCUCAGAUUGUUCAACUGCCCAAGACUGGAUGCUGGAAGAUAUGAGAUAAGAGAAAUUAUCCACCACCAUACUGUCCUCGGCCAAGCCACCAAGCUCACAAGAAAGUGAAAGAAAAUGCUUUUUCUGGAAACACUUAGGGGGUACCCAUCCCCCAAACAAGGGCACAAACAAAGAAACAGGGAAACUUGGAUCAAGAAGCGGGCUACAUACUGGAAAUCCCUGGGUGCUGAAGAAGAGGGAGGCCUGGAUCACAGCUGGGCAGCAGCUGACCUUGCAUGGAAAAGUUGGUUCCAUUGGAGCAGCCAGGUAAAGGGGCACAGACAAAAAACAUAGGUGAUCACUAACUCCAAAAAACAAAUCCUAGAAAAUAAGUGUUCUUUCGUGUACCUUGCUUUGGCCUGCAUUUAUAUAUGAUAAUAUAAGCACAAAAUAAUCAUUUGUGAUAGGGCUAUUAGAGGAACCGUAUACCUGACUGAGCUAAAUCUCUACCUUCGGGAGUUGGAAAUCAAUGGACAAUGACCAACUAAUAGAUCAUGAGAUGUGUAAAACAUUUGGGAUAAAAAAACAAAACAGGGAAAUAGUAAAUAGACAGUGAUGUCAGGCAGGCCCUGUGGAAAGUGGGAUAUACAUUGCUUUGUUUAAAACCUUAGGUUUUGGGCCU